CCGCCCGCCCGCUCGCUCGUUCACCCGCCCGCCACUUGCCUCUGUCUGUCUACACGUGCCUCUCUACAAGGCCGCAAUACCCUCGCUCCACACUUGCACCGUGACUGGACAUUCACUGGUACUGGAGGAAACACCACCGACUCAACUUAAUGGAAACUUGGAAACUUUAGUCAUGUGGCUCAGAACGUUUGUUCAAAGCUCUACACAUUAUGUAUUCAAGGAGUAAAUGUAUAACUGUGGCCACAUAUUCCUCUGAGGGUAACGGCGUCAACACUACCCCCUGGGCACCCUGGUCUUGAGUUAGUUAGCCGGGUAGGGCUGGACGAUGGGAGGGACAGGAGGUUACCUCAACCCCCCAGCUGUGCCGGGCUAUUUGACCAGUGGUCAAUGAAACAAGUAGACCCAGUCCUGAGGUUGCAUAAUGGUCAAUUGCACCCGGAUGGCCGCGGGUGAGGAUCAGUAGACUUGGUGUCGGCAGUACAGGAGGUACGGCGAGAUUGAACGGCUACCAUUCUUACGGAAGUGCGGAAGUUGUGUGCCUCUUAGUUACCUAUACCACUGAAAGGAGUAGGAGUGUUACUUGGUUUGUGUGUAUAAUAUUGUGUCCAGUGAUAUCACCCAGCACAGAACAAGUUGAUGUACAUGGGGGGUACUGUUCAUGUGGCGACACAGAACGCACUUACAUCAGACGGAACCAUUCACUGCUUGAAACGAGGAUGAGACAUCGGCCCUUGCCACAGUAUCAGUGUACAUUAAAGUGGGAUGUGUGCCCAUCCGUGAGUAGUGUACCGACACAGAGAACAGAGGUGUGCCCCUUCCCCCCUGGCUGCUGAUUCCCGGGUGUCACCCCACCCCCGCCACAACCCCUGCCUGUCCGGCUGAUGGGCGUUAUCGGCCUGGGGCCCGCCAUGCUGGGGAGGGUCGGUGGGCUACUGGUGGUCGUCAUCCUUCUUCUCUCCAUGUGCCUCGACAACGUCGUCGGCCGGUCUCGCGGACACAGUCGCCUGUCCUUAUGGAUAGAUAAAGCUCAGAUCAGAGAACUUAUUGGGACUGAAUUAGCAAAGGACAUCCCCAUUAUUUCGGACGGUACAGUCACUCCAUUUCUGAACUAUCCCGGCUUGUCUGCAUCGAUGGUCAUUCCACCAGACGUGGAUUCUGUCAACCUGACGUGGAAGGCAGGCAAUGAGAAUUUCAAGUACUGGUUCGAGAACCUGACGUCCCUGAAUACCUCCCUGCUGUAUAACCCUUUACUAAGCAUUCCUACCCAGGGCUGGAUACCGCACGGACAGACAGUGUUUCAGAUGUCUAUACCCUGUACGGGGAAGGAGAAAGGCGUGGCAUCCCUCCUGCUGGGACUCAGAAUCUACAACAACAGAAGCGGUCUCGCCUUGGAAGGCACGCCGAUUUCUUUCACUCUGAAGAAGGAAUGUCACGCAUUUGACACAAGCUCCCUUUGCGAGUCCGAAUGCGAGAACGGGGGCACAUGUACGGAGGUCGGUGAAUGCUCUUGUAUGCAGGGAUUUGAGGGCAAGUUUUGUCGUCUAGCCCUCUGUAACCCGAUCUGUCAGAACAAUGGAACGUGCAUAUCUCCCGAAGUGUGCGCAUGUCCGGAAGGGUACACUGGGACUCAUUGUGAGAAAGCUACCUGUGGGCGUCCCUGUGAGAACGGUGGGCGCUGCCUCCCCGAGGGCUACUGCUGGUGCACCAAGGGCUACUAUGGGGAGGCAUGUGAAUACAGCCAUUGCAACAACAGUCCGUGUGAGAAUGGGGGUACAUGUAUCGGCCCAGUCAGAUGCCAAUGUUCUUCUGGUUACUCCGGCAACCAGUGCCAACACAGUAAGAUGAGGACAGACACGGAGCGGCCGCGGCGCAGUGACAACCGUCGGCGCAGUACCGACAAAAACAAACGUAACCCGACAAGGAAGAAAAAACGCAGGACACGGAAAGACAGGAAGGAGAGAAAAGCUGAAUUCGAAAAGAAGCUGUUAAAGACAGAAAAACGCAUACUGAAGAUUAUCAAGCGGAAGUCUAAAGUUUGGAGUUUGACCAGGGAGGAGCGGCGUGUGUUUCGUAAACUGGUGCGCGAUAGUCAGCAGCGGACUUUACUGAUGAAAGAGAGAAAUUGGCUCUCAAAAAUAUUGACACGCGAAAAAGAUAAACUUACAAAUAAAGAAAGGCUUAAGUUGAAGCGCUAUAAGAAACUGAUAAGGAUGGGAAGACGACGAAAGCCCAAGAAGAAGCAGUACGUGUAGCUGUUUUGAGAGAGCAAGAACACGUUUAGUUGUGAGAAGCAGACGACAGCCAGUGGUUCAUGUUAUACGUGAAGAUUUCACAAAGGUGCAAGUGUUAAUGAGCGGACGAUUGAAUAUCGCCAUGAGCUUGGGCACAUACUUGUAACUGGUAUAUAGUUAUGUCAUGAAGCGGUUAUGUUGAUCGGGCAGUGUUGCUAUGGAUAAUAAGUGGGUGGGGAACCCGGACUAAGCAUUGCUAAAUAAAUAUUGUCUUCCUUUAACGUGGGCAUAUUUGACAUGUAUAUUUAUAAGCUUUAAUAUGACCAAAGAUACCUGAUUCUCGGAAGAAGAGAAACAUAUCUGUGUAGAUCCAUGCUCCGGCCUUGACUGGUGGGACAAUGUCGGGAGAAACUACAGUGGCCAGUUGAUGUGAACGGAAGUAGCACUGCUCUUCUGCGCAAUGUAUGUUCUUCGCACCGCUUCAGGUCACGGUACCAUAUAAACACGCUGGCGGAAGUACAUCCUUAUGUUCGAUUCCUUCUUUCUCAUGCCAGAUACUUCUCUGUUCGCUCCGCAACGAAAACAACCCAUACAUGCGAUGUGCCACCUCCCUACUCUCCAGUCCGCCACAAAAAUAUCAAACCACUAAUGUGUUGUGCCAUCUAUAUCUCCACUGUACACUCCGCAACACAAAUAAUAUGGGAGACUGGCCCAGAGAGUGAUGAGGGUUGAAGCUGGGUUGAGGAUGGAGACUUAGAAACGGAGGUAGACUUGGGCUUGGAGAGGGAGGAAAGCUGAAGCUUAGAGAGGGUUGAUGCUUAGAGACGGAGGUGGACUGGGGCUUAGAGAGGGAGGAGGGUUGAAGAUUAAACAGGGUUGAAGCUUGUAGAGGGAGGCGGACUGGGGCUUAUAGAGAGAUGAGGGUUGAAGCUUAAAGAUGGUUGAUGCUUAGAGGCGGAGGUGGACUGAGGCUUAGAGAGGGAGGAGGGUUGAAGAUUAAAGAGGGUUGAUGCUAAGAGACGGAGACUGAUUGGGGCUUAGAGAGAGAGGAGGGUUGCAGCUUAAAGAGGGUUGAUGCUCAGAGAGGGGGGCUGAUUGGGGCUUAGUGAGGGAGGAGGGUUAAGGAUUAAAGAGGGUUGAUUGGGGUUUAGAGAGGGAAAAGGGUUGAAGCUUAAAGAGGGCUGAUGCUUAAAGAGGGAGGUUGAUUGGGGCUUAGAGAGGGAAGGGGGUUGAAGCUUAAAGAGGGUUGGUGCUUAGAGACGGAGAUUGAUUGGGGCUUAGAGAGGGAGGAGGGUUGAAGCUUAAAGAGGGUUGGUGCUUAGAGACGGAUGUUGAUUGGGGCUUAGAGAGAGAGGAGGGUUGAAGCUUAAAGAGGGUUGGUGCUUAGAGACGGAGGUUGAUUGGGGCUUUGAGAGGGAGGAGGGCUGAAGCUUAAAGAGGGUUGGUGCUUAGAGACGGAGGUUGAUUGGGGCUUAGGGAGAUAGGAGGGUUGAAGCUUAAAGAGGGUUGGUGCUUAGAGACGGAUGUUGAUUGGGGCUUAGAGAGAGAGGAGGGUUGAAGCUUAAAGAGGGUUGGUGCUUAGAGACGGAGGUUGAUUGGGGCUUUGAGAGGGAGGAGGGCUGAAGCUUAAAGAGGGUUGGUGCUUAGAGACGGAGGUUGAUUGGGGCUUAGAGAGAGAGGAGGGUUGAAGCUUAAAGAGGGUUGAUGCAUUGAGAGGGAGGUGGAUUGGCGCUUGGAGAGGGAGAAGGGUUGAAUAUUAGAGAGGGCUGAUGCUUAGAGAGCCAGAAUUUUUUAAGCUUAAAGAGGGUUGUUGCUUAGAGAGGAUGGGUGCUUAGAGACGGAGAUGGAUUGGGGCUUUGAGAGGGAGGAGGGUUAAGGCUUAAAGAGGGUUGAUGCUAAGAGAGUGAGCAUUUUUUAAGCAUAAAGAGGGUUGUUGCUUAGAGAGGAUGGGUGCUUAGAGACGGAGAUGGAUUGGGGCUUUGAGAGGGAGGAGGGCUGAAGCUUAAAGAGGGUUGAUGCUUAGAGACGGAGGUUGAUUGGGGCUUAGAGAGAGAGGAGGGUUGAAGCUUAAAGAGGGUUGAUGCAUUGAGAGGGAGGUGGAUUGGGGCUUGGAGAGGGAGAAGGGUUGAAUAUUAGAGAGGGCUGAUGCUUAGAGAGCCAGAAUUUUUUAAGCUUAAAGAGGGUUGUUGCUUUGAGAGGAUGGGUGCUUAGAGGCGGAGAUGGACUGGGGCUUAGAGAGGGAGGAGGGUUAAAGCUUAAAGAGGGUUGAUGCUAAGAGAGUGAGCAUUUUUUAAGCAUAAAGAGAGUUGUUGCUUAGAGAGGAUAGGUGCUUAGAGACGAAGAUGGACUGGGGCUUAGGGAGGGAGGAGGGUUGAAGCUUAAAGAGUGUUGAUGCUUAGAGGCGGAGGUGGACUGAGGCUUAGAGAGGCUAGGGAUGAGGGUUGAAGCUUAGAGAGGUUGAGGAUGGAGGUUGAGAGAGGCAUUAGGCUUAGAAAGGAGUGGGGAGGUGGUUAGAGAAUGAGGAGGCUUCGAAGGAGGGGAAGGGUUGAGGAAUAGGGAGUGCUGAAGAUUGAGGCUUAGAGAGGGAGGAGGCCUAGAAAGGAGGGUGGUGGUGGCUGAGGGUUAGGGGGUGGCUUAGAAAGGAGAUGGGGGUUAGAGAGGGAGGAGGCUCAGAAACGGGAGGAGGAUUGAGCGUUAGAUAGGGAGGAGGUGUAGAAAGGAAGGGGAGGGUUAGAGAGGGAGGAGCCUUGGAAACGGGAGGAGGACUGAGAGAGUAGAGAGGGAGGAGGCUGGAUGUGAAGAUGUAGUCUUAGGGAGUGAUUUAAAAGGAGAGAGGCUUUGAGGAGUUAUGGAUGUUUAGAGAGGGCCGAUGAAAGCAGGUAAAGGGAUGGACGUCGAAUGUUACCUCUUCAUUGCGGGGAUGGUAGGUCUUUAAGCCUCACAAAGGCGACGUUGGAAGCUUAGAGAAACGGAGGCCUACGACGUGUAAGAGGAUCAGGUAAUAAAGUAAGGCGGCUUAGAUAAGGAUAGGGAAGGAACUGCGGUUGUGAGGCUUAACAGUUCGCCUACCAGCAUGGGUUGUAUAUAUUGACUAGAGCAAUAACGUACUGUUAUAUAUUCAUGACAUGAAUGUGAAAUAAAGCCCAAAUGUGAUUGUCCAUGUCA